UUUCGAUGUUAUUUUUAAAGAGGAACGGGAAAAAGAAGAAGCUUUUGAUCAAAUCAACAAAAAAAUUUGGGAAGCGUUUGAAAGUGAACAAAAUGCAACUUGGGUAAUUUAAAAAAUUGAGGGAUAAACUUAGUUGGUUUCCCUCGAAAAAGCCCCUGGCUAAGCGAUGCCUCUUAUGAUGUCUUUUAUGAUGCCCUACAUAUAUCUCUCCUAUGAUGCCCCUCUCUCCCUCUAUUGAUGUCUCGGACGGUUCUCCCUCUAUUGAUGUCUCGGACGGUUCUCCCUCUAUUGAUGUCUCGGGCGGACCUCGAAGGUUCAUCCCUUAAUCUUUCUCAUUUAUAUAUUCGAUCGUUAAAUUUGUUGAGGACAGGGUUAGGAAAUUAUUUUGGAUAUCCGAACAGGAUGGGAGCAAGGCUUUUUUGCUUUUACUUCUGAACUUGAGUUUUUAAGAUUUUUGAGAGACACCAAAAAUUAGAAGUAUGCUGAGAGGCUCCAAUCUUAACCAUAUUUCUUUAAGAAACAGAUUUAAUUGUGAACGUAUAGUCCAUGGGGACAACGACUAUUUGUAUAAUUUACAAAAUAAAAUCAUAACUUAUAAAGACAAUCCAAAUUUGUCUUUAAAGUGUGAAGAUAUCUAUGGGAGGAAUCAUUUUUUGAAUAUAACCCGAUCUGAGGAAGAAAAAAAAUUUUCGUUGGCAUUUGCUCGAAUAGUUAAUCAAGAUUAUCGGUUUUUGGAGGCAGAAUUAGCUACUAAUUAUCACCCCCAAAAUUGGUAUUGUUUUGCUGUUGAUUCGAAGGCGAACGACUCUUUUUAUGAAAAAAUUUUGGCUUUGGCCAGUUGUUUUAAAAAUAUUAUAAUUCCGAGGAGUAGAUAUCCUGUAGAUAGUGGAGGUGGGAAAAUUUUCAAAAAAAAUUAUCAAAAAUUAAAAAAAAAUUUUUUUUUUCAAGGUCACGGUAUGGGAAAGGCCCAUCUAUCCUGUUUCAAAGAAUUAAUUAAAAAAGAAAGAAAAUGGGAAUAUUUGGUAACAUUACAGAAUCACGACAUUCAAAUUAAAACUAACGAAGAAAUGGUUCAAAUAUUUAAAUGGCUUGAUGGGGCUUGUGAUGCCGAAUAUGAUUUUUAUAGUAAAGCAGAAAGAGAUAGAUUAGACGGUCUCAAUAAAAAAUUUAAUUGGACGUUUGAAUCCCUAAAAAUUUUUAAAGAUGCAUCACUAAACAAAGGCCUUAAUGAUAAAGGAUUACCUCCUAAAUUGUCAUUGGCUAGUGGCAACAUUCAAGCAAGUCUGGCACGACCUUUUGUGGAGUUUGUAGUUAAUAAACUCGAUUUAACCAAAAUGCUUGAGCAGCUGGAUAGUUGGGAAUAUGCGGGGGAUGAAUUUUUUAUUCAAACACUCUUGGCUUCAGAUGAUUUAAAGGCACCUAAUGCCUUUACACAUAAAUGCAUUGAUCAAAAAAUUAAUGUGCCGUAUGUAACUAGAUACAACAUUUGGGAAUUUGAGCACAAUGACAAAUGUUAUAGUAAAAAUUUUCGUCAUUAUAGUUGUGUAUUUGGAAUAGAUGAUUUGGUAAAAUAA